AUGCAUGUGGGUUGGUGUUUGUUAUUAGUUACUUCGUUAGCUUGGAUUUUUUCAUUUGUUUUUGCUGAUGGUGCACCAGCCACCCGAAAAAAGCGGCAAUUGCUUCCACUGAUGGGCUUUCUUCAGGGGUAUAAAAUGGGUCAAAACUUUGCUUUACAAAUAUCGCCUUUAGUUCUGUCACCAGUAGUUGUCCUUCCGGUCAACCAACAGCAAAGUGUCCACAUUCAGGAAAAUCCUAAUGAAAACUUCGAUGAAGGUGGUUCUUUUCAAUUUGUUCCUCCAGAAAAACUCAUCCAACACUGCAACUCAACAGAUAAUUCUAAAGAUAAAAGUAAUUCUAACGUUGCGAUUAAAAGUAAUGUGGAAUUACUUAAUAAUGACGUAAAAGAAGAGGAUACAUUUAGACAGAAUAUUGUUAACGAUACUGUAACUGAACCAAAUGUGGGAAAAGAUAAUGAUAAUAUGACUACAACUGAAGCCACAACCAUUUCAGAAGUGGAACCUACUAAUUCUACAAAUACGACAAAGCCGCACGGACCGUAUCCAAAUGCAAUUUAUAAUAAUGAUAUGAUAGCUUCAUUAUCAAUUACUGAAUCUCCUAUUCCUCCUAUUAAUGAUUCCUACAGGCUUCCUUCAAUAGACAAUAAGUGGCCAAACUUUAAUUCUAAUGUGCUUACCACGGAAUUACAAGUUGAGGGCAGAGCUGGUGAAGUAUGGACUAAUAAUAUAAAUUACUCUAAACGCGAUUUUACUAGAGACACUUAUUACUACUAUAAUAAUGAUAGGAAACCAAGUACUGAUUCUUAUUAUAGACGCCCGGUUAAUCACUUAAAUCAAGAAAGAUGGAGUACUAACUACUCGGGAGAUAAUAAAUUAAGUUCCGAAUUUCGACCUCUUGCUGGGUUGUAUUACGAUGGAUUUCUUCAUAAAUCCCCCGCUAAGAAAACUGGAUUUGUUCCAUAUGGAAAUACAUAUUAUUAUUAA